AUGGAUGAAACAAAAGGAUCUGUCGUGAAAACACCUGACAAAACGUCGGAAGUGAAGACAAGAGUUGAGAACGGAAAGACUCCAGAUACCACGGACGAAAUGUCGGAAGUAAAGACAACAGUUGAGAAUGGAAAGACUCCAGAUACCACGGACGAAAUGUCGGGAGUAAAGACAAGAAUUGAGAAUGGAAAGACUCCCCACCCCCCAGAUGGAUCCGAGGACGUUAAAGAUACAGCGAAGAUAGAUUUGAGAGAGGAGUCGCAGGUUGUGGUUGAGGCCGAAAGUCCUGACCACUACGUCAUCAAGGACAAAGGCUGUUGGGUUAGGAACGUAUCUCGGGUGGAGCUGGCGGUGAGCGCGGUGUGGGCAAAAAACCGCCGCUAUGUUCUAAGUGGUUUCAAAAUCUUCCUUCUGCUGGUGUACCUAGCUUACUUCAUCUACUGCAUGACCGUGAGGUUUGGUGACGAGGGUUCUUAUGUUUUGGUGGGUGUGACUGUGGGUCUGGCUCUUUACAUUGUGCACAGAUUCCACAAAGAGCUGAGAAUCUCCGAGGUGGUCAUCAGUUUCAGCACUUGCAUAUUGUACGUGGCGGCGGUAGUAGCUCUGGCCAUCUACUUGGGGGUUGACAUCCUCAGCAAACACCACGAGAACGCACAGGCCAUCCUUGGUAUCACGUUUACGCUGAUUAUCUGCUUCCUCUUCUCUCACAGCCCCAGCAGGGUGAAUUGGCACCCUGUGUUCUGGGGCUUCAUCAUCCAAUUCUUGUUUGCCAGUUUGGUCUUGCGCACUGAAGUCGGCUAUAGUAUUUUCGAGUGGAUUGGCAACUUUAUAAACACAAUCGUCAAUCUGUCGGAGAAAGGCUCCAAGUUCGUGCUUGGUGCUAGCUUCGAGGCGGAAGGACCUGGCUUUUUCUUCACCACUGCUGGAGUGAUCGUCUUCUUCAACGCCAUGAUCUUUGUACUGGACUAUGUGGGUGUCCUGGAGUUCAUCGUCCUCCGUAUAGGUGGCGCUCUGGCUUUUUGUCUGGGCACAGGGCCCGUGGAGUCUGUGGUUGCAGCUGCCAACAUUUUCAUAGGACUGUCGGAGGCGCCCCUGCUUGUCCGUCCCUACCUACACUCCGUGACCAGGUCGGAGCUACACGCUAUCAUGACCUGUGGCUUUGCCAGCAUCUCCGGCGCCUUCAUGGCCAUGUUUAUACAGGCUGGGGCACCUGCCAGUCAUCUGCUAACCGCCGCUGUCAUCUCGGCGCCAGCAGCCCUGGCCGUCAGUAAGCUGGUGGUUCCGGAGCUCGAGGGGGUCGACUUGGACAGCCAAAGGAACGUCCGGAUGAGAGAUGAAGAGCAGAAGAAUAUCCUUCAGGCGUGCUCCGACGGUGCGGCGUUCUCCAUCAAGUUGGUGGCUUCCAUCAUGGUGAAUAUGAUGGCGUUUGUGUCCUCCAUGAACCUUGUGGAUCACCUCCUGGUCUGGCUGGGCGAGCGGGCUGGUAUAGAAAACCUCACGUUUGGGUACAUGUGCUCUUACCUACUGUACCCAUUGUCCUAUUCCAUGGGGGUGCCGCCUGCAGACUGCGGCCCUGUUGGUACACUGAUGGGAGUCAAGCUGUUUGCCACACCUUUUGUGGCCUACGUGGACCUGGGAAAAAUGAUCGAGAACCGAAGGUCUGUAGAACAAUACCUCAUCGAUACAAAUGGAAUGGGAACGUAUCAUUGGUCAGGAACAGAUGUCAUACUGGACUCCACAAACGUUACUUUGGUUAACGGUUUCAUGGCAGUAAGUCAGCUCUGUGUGAACAACGUGGGAACUCUUUUAGCAUUAUUACUUUGA